AACAAUGUUACUAGGUAGUUCCAACAUGGAACUUUUGAAGUUCAAAGGAUGUUAUAAAUACUUUUACCAACGUUGUAACUCAUCCCUUUUUUCACUUUUAAUAACUUACUUACCUAUCUCCUACAUAUGUAAUACCCGUCUCCUCAACUCGCUGUUUGGAAUGGCUUUUCGUAAUUCAUUAGCGAGGAUAUCUUAUAUUUCUACAAGAUAUACUUCUCGAAGCUUGUCAGGCCGCUCGAGUGCACUGUCACCAACCUUGGCGCCUCUCUUACCCUUAACGAAUAGGUCUUGUAUGUCGCUACCCUUCACAUCCAAUUCCGCCUUUUCAACUACAAAUCAGAACAUGCAGCCUCCAGCCAACAAAAAUACAGAAGUAGCUUCGCCUCAAAACAAUGCCGAAUCCUAUACCACUGCGUUUGCCCUGUUUGAGGCACUCUGGGAAGCCGACAUCACGGCAUGUUUCGUCAAUGUUGGCUCCGAUCACCCCUCCAUAAUUGAGGCUAUCGUUAAAGGCAAGCGAGAGCGGCCCAACUCUUGGCCUAGGAUGAUCACAUGUCCUUCCGAAAUCACUGCAAUUUCGAUGGCCGAUGGCUAUGCUCGGGUUACGGGACGCCCCCAAGCCGUCCUGGUACAUGUCGACGUGGGUACACAGGCUCUCGGCCAAGGUGUUCAUAAUGCCAGUGUCGGACGUGCCCCGGUAUUCAUCUUCGCCGGCCUGUGUCCGUAUACAGAGUCAGGUGAGCUUACCGGCUCGAGGACAGAGUAUAUGCACUGGUUGCAGGAAGCGCCAGACCAAAAGGCCAUCGUGCGACAGUACUGUAGGUAUGUAGGUGAAGUUCGCACGGGGCUAAAUAUCAAACAGACAAUCGGGCGCGCACUCCAAUUCGCAAGUAGCACUCCUAAAGGCCCAGUAUACGUCGCGGCCGCGCGAGAGGUUUUGGCACAAGAUAUUGAGCCAUACUCAUUAGAACAAGCACAAUGGAUGCCAAUUGGUCCCAGUGCGCUUCCAGUGGACGCGAUUCACGAUAUUGCCACCGCGCUCGUAGAAGCCGAACGCCCGCUCAUUAUCACAGGGUACUCUGGCCGCGAUCGCCGAACACCAGAGCUUCUAGUGGCCCUGGCCGAUCUCAUUCCCGGGAUACGCGUCCACGAUACCGGCGGCAGUGACCUGUGCUUCCCCUCCUCGCACAUCGCAUCCGAGGGCUUCCGUCUCAGCUUCGAUGACUGCACCAAAGACGCCGACGUGGUCUUCCUCCUCGACUGCGACGUCCCCUGGAUCCCGUCUCGGAACCCUCCCCCGAAGACUGCCAAGAUAUAUCACGUAGAUUGUGAUCCACUAAACCAGCAGAUCCCCGUUUCCUUCUUCCCCGCCCACGGACGCUGGAAAGCGGAGAGCUUUACCGCGCUGACGCAGCUGGUCGACUAUAUCAAGCACGACGCCUCGCUUCGAGUAAAGCUCCGAGAUCCCAAGUACGUUACGCGCGGAGAAACCCGCGCCAAGGCCCACGAGGCCCGCCUGGCCAGCAUUACUUCGCAACCUCGCUUGAGCGACGACGCACCGCUGGACGCCCACAACAUCGGCAGCCUCCUCAAAACCUUACUCCCGGACUCAACGACCUUCGUCGUCGAGGCCGUCACUGCCGCGCAGGGGAUAUCCGACCAGCUGCAGCUAGACCGCCCAGGGAGCUGGAUCAACUGCGGAGGAACCGGAAUCGGGUGGAGCAAUGGCGCGGCGCUAGGCGUGAAGAUGGCGCUCGCGGAUCUGGAAAGGGGCGGAGGGGGGAAGCCGAGCCUGGUGUGCCAUAUAGUCGGGGACGGGAGCUUCAUGUGCGCGGCGCCGUCUAGUGCGCUAUGGGUCGCGAGCAAGUACAAGAUUCCAGUUUUGACGAUUGUGUUGAACAAUGGGGGCUGGAAAGCCCCUCGGAAUUCGACGCAGCUCGUAUACCCCAACGGCCUAAACAGCUCGGCAACCGACGACGAGAUCAAUAUCUCUUUCCGCCCGACGCCGAACUAUGCUGCUCUGGCGGAGGCGGCGGCGGGGUCGGAGGUGGGUUGGGGAAAUGCGGAUGAUACGAAGGGGUGGAUGAAGGGUGUGCGAGCCAAAACGGUUGGAGAUUUUAAGGAGGCUCUUCAGAAGGCAGCUGUAAGGGUUGCUGAUGAGGGCAAAGGAAUGCUAGUCGAGAUUUUGAUGUAGACGUAAUAUCUACAUCACCAGGUAGGCAACUAAGUAUGAGGUAACCUUGGAAAUUAGGCACUGACAUUAAUGCCACCUAAUAUUGAAAGUUCUACGCGAUUAAGAUCUAGUAUAAAUGAUUACUACCUGCAUAUACUCAA